ACGGUAAUGAACAAUGAGCGAAUUUAGUCCAAUUUAGGAUCGGACUGGCUUGGCUCGAUCAGGUUUGUUGCCACUUGGGUGUAAAACACCCAAAAGGCACGACGCGAUGUUCCCCUAUGUCACGUUUAAAGCACUAGACUAUGUCUACGAGGCCAGCAAUAGUAUAAAAGUGACGAAGAACUUGUUGGCACUACCCACACCCAACAUAUCUUUCAAAGAGGACCAUUAUCUUCACAGCUGCCCUCCGGUGAAGGUCCCCUUCUGGAUGCCAUGGGUCACAGAGAAGCCAUUCUCCAUCUGCACAUUCAACACUUCUGUUUUAGAUGACCUCAGAAGAAUAGCACAACACAUCAACUCCACGGAAAUACUUGAUGUCCCUGAGAGUAUCAAGCACAAGAUGGAGAACAUAGGGGGCUGUUCUGUCGAAUUAGCAGAGCUUCUCCACCAGAAUGAUGUGUCGAAGCCUACCCGCUUGUGUAUGGAGUCCUUUUUCCAGUUGAAUGUACAGAGGGACCCCACAAGAGACAAUGAUCUGCUCCUGCCAGAAGAAAUCUUGGCUGCCAAUUUUCUACCACAGCUUAAUCAUUUGCCCACCCUCAAGCUCAUGUUGUCUCGGCUGAAGACCAUGUUGGUGGUCGAUCCGCUAAUUACCUUGAAUGAAGUCUUCGUCACACAGCAAAAAAUAUUCAGAUGCCAGAAGAGCUACCGUGCAACUUAUGACGGGCUCAAUGAUGUACAGCAUAUUGCAUGUAUCACAGAGGCGUUUUCCAAAGCGUCACUAACUGAGUCUUUGCUGUUACCCAAGCUUCUGAUACCCAAGAUGACCGUCGAUGCUACCAGCAGCAUGUCAAGCAUUUGUUAUCUUCUGAAUGUUGGUGCUGAACAGCUGGAUGAAAAACUUCCUGACUUGCAAGCUCUUUAUAAAAAUGAAUCAGCUUCAGUGGAAAUUUCACCGUUAUCUUCCGUACAGAGUAUCAGCAAAGAAGACAGGACUGAAGACGAGAUUCCAGAAUGGAUAAUGCAUCCCAAGAAGCUAGAUAUGGUUUUGGUUCCAACUACUGCCGUCACCACUUACUACUGCUGCUGUCUAAGUCUAUGUGAUCUACAGAGGGAAGAAUUGUCUACAGAGGGCCCAAUAUCUUUGGUAUCAGCGGUAGAUAAGAUGGAAGCUGCAGUCUGGAUGGCUGACAAGUAUCCUGACUAUGUGCUAAGCUUCCUUUUUGAAGAACCUGAUUUAGCAGAAGCAGCAUUUGACUUCCAGCCACUGAGAAGAGCCUUGAAGUUGAUAACCCUGCAAAGUGUGGUAGUGGAAAUGGAGACCGAAGAGUGUUUUGGUAGCAUCAAAGAGUCUCUGGAGAAGCUGAGCAUGAAUGUUACUACUCAUGUGGAUGACCAUGUGGUGGAGGGAUUUCAAAAAGUGCCUCCAGAACCUGUUGAAGCCUUCCCAGAUACCAGCUUCCGGUUAAACCUUCAGAAGAGAGAAUGCCAACACAACCCUAGCCCAGGAUGCAGCAGUACAGUUAUUGAAGUCCAAGCAAGUGAAAGUCAGCGUCUGGCUUACUAUGAGUUGCUGUCCUUGGCCCAGCCCUGUCUGUCCUGUUCCAAAGAGCUGGGCCUCCAUGUCCCUGCCUGGAGGGACUUUAAGCACCUGGCACCGGACCAGACGCGCUAUGUGCUCAAACAGCAGGAGGUUGCACUGCGCAGGAGGACGCCAGUGGUGGCAGUAGAUGAGGUGCAGCUGUUCAAUAAGGUGCUUGUCAUCCACAUGCUGGUCAAGGCCAAGGAGCUGCUGUUAAAGUGUCACCUAACAGCUGCUUUGGAGUACCUGAGCAAAGCAAAAGAGAGAUGCCGCGAUAAAGAUCUGCGUCUGCUGUUAAGGAGGCUACAUGUCAUCCUACACCUCAGUUGCCGAAACAGCGAGUCCAACAUCAAAUUGCUGAAAUUGCAGGAUCUGGUGGUGUCAUGGCAGCACGAUGACAAAAUUCUUAUCCUCACAUCACUUAACUAUGACGAGAGCAGCUCUACAAUCAUGCAAUGCUUGAAACAUCUGACGGCUGUAAGUGCCCUUCGUCCCAACAGCAAUAAGGGGAAACUAAUGGCUGCCAGUGUUGUCAGCAGUGUUCAAGACAGUAGGUGCGUGCUUGUGUACGAGCAGCAUCUUGGCCCCGACUUCCCAUGGGAUCUUUUUUCACUGGUAGUAGAGUACGACUGCCCGGGCCUGACGCCGUGGGCAACUGUAUGCAAGGAUAGGAGAGUAAAGCACCUCACCUUCGACACUGUCCUCCCUGACAGAGAUGAGGAAGAGAGUCUGGAGAACAAGGUGGCGUAUAUGGUGUUCGUGACUGAUUCGCUCCUCAACAACCCACCUUUGCUUCAGACACUGGAAUCUUCGUUUAAUAUAACCCUGCUGGAAAGGCGCCACUGUAUGUCCCUGCAGUUGCUGGGCAUAACCAAUCCCUUCUCUGUCAUUACAGUUGAUGAGAGCACAGCCAUUGUUAUUCAGGAUCAGGACGAGCUGUGUAAGGAGCGAGCUUAUGAAGUGAUUGUCAGGAGGCUCAUUGCUCUGGCACUGCAAUACAACUACUGUUGGAUCAUACUUAACUGCCCUGACUGCAAGGGGGGAGGGUUCUCCAGCAAAGCUUUUAGAAACCUGGCGGUAGUCUACUCAUCACUGGUACUCUUGAAGAUGGAAGACCUGGAUGUCAAGGUGCUGAUGGCAUCCGAGGUAUUAGAGGUGGCCAUGUGGGUCAACCGGAUCUGCUUCCUCAGCUUGAUGUCCAGCGAUUCCGAUCCCGUCGAUUACCUGGAGCGAGAUUGGCUGGCUGUCACGUCGUCACAGGAGGAGCAAUGCUUGUCGAACUUCCCCUGCGUUAACCCUCUGGUGGCACAGCUCAUGCUCAGAAGGGCGCCUUCUGUGCAAUGGCUACUGGCUGCCACCCUUACGCAAAUUGAGGAGAUGUUGCCAGAAGUGCCGCGCAAGGUCAUCAAGCUAUUUAGAAAUGCUACUUCAACUUGUGAAGCUCAGACUGUCCAGUUGGGUCUAGACCCCGAAAGUGGAAAGAUCAGCUUCAACCACAACCUGAAAAGGCCGGACCAAAGCUUGCAUCUUCACAGAUUUUCCACAGCUGAUCAGUGGAAUGACAGAACCAGUCAGGAGGUGGUGUUAACAGUUCGCACGGCUCGAGCUCCAUCAGGGAGCAGUGGGGUCGAGAGGGGAAACAACGAGCGGUUGCCACAAGGUUUGGGCUGCUCAGACACUAACUUGAACAACCUGGGCCUGCCUUCACAAACCCCCCAGAAAGGAGGUUCGACAGAUAAAGGCUCGGACACAGGACGUGGAUUGUCAGCUGAAUAUAAGUCAAGAUUCUUGCUGGGACAAGAGAGGAAGAGGAGUGACCAGUUGGCAGACUUGGCUGGAAUAGCGGUGAGCCCUCUGAAGAAAAGCAGGAUGAGCUAGGAGGAGAUGAUGAAAUGAUAUCGUAGAUCCAGUCCAGCAUGAAUACUGCAGUUGUUGUGGGGUUUGUCUUUCAACACCUUACUGAUGUUUGAAA